UUAUUUUCUAGUUUUAAUAAAUUUUUAUUGGAUAUUUUUUAAUAACACAAUUAUAUUUUUUCAAACAGAGCCUUGAGCCUUAUGUGCAAAGUGUAAUUGUUGCUAUUGAAUCUUUAGAUGCUCAACUUUUUAAGGUUCGAAAUAAACAACUUAAGAAUAUUUAUUAUUUGGGAAGAUGAAUAUAACACUGAUAAAAAUAAAUAUAAAAACAAAUAUUAUGAUGAUAUUAUUAUGCAGCCCGAGAAAACUUUUACGAAACAACACUCAUAUGGCAGGUUAAACUUUAUCUGAGAAGAUUCAUUCUUUGUCUGAGAAGAUGGAACCUACGAGCAUGCCGAUAGAACCCACGAACGUGAUGCUAAUUAAUGAAUCGGCAGUGCAAAACGCGAAUAUAUCAAAUCAAAUCAAGAAUGUCGACAGUGUAUUAUAUCUGUAUGGAGCACCGCCGCUGAUUUUCUUCUGUAUCAUUUCGAUAACCGUAAAUAUUAAGGUUCUUAUAAGUGUAUUUUGGAUAAGACGCCCGCUCAGUCCAACAUUGUACAUCAGUUUAAGCUUAGCAGGUGCAGAUGCUUUUUCUAGCAGUGCUCUAGGUAUAGGAUUAAUCAUGAAUAGUUUCAUACCCAAAGGUCUUGGAAUCAAAUUAAAAGGUGUGGAUUGUUUUUUAUUGGUACUCGAAGUUGUGAGAUUAGGAGGAGUGAUAAUUACUGUACUUCAUCUAAUGGCUUUAGCUGUCAAUCAUUAUCUGGGUAUUCUCAAACCGCUCCACUAUCUUUCAAUUCUAACAUACAAGAAUACCACAAUAUUAGUGAUUCUACUAUGGGUGCUGCCAAUUUCUUUUUUUGCGGUGUAUUUUAAUUUGAUUGAAAACGACGGUUUUCAAUCUGAAGGAUGCAAAGAAAGCGUAUUUUUAUCUCAUAAGCAAUUUCGAAUAUUGUUCAGUAGUCUUUUCGGACCCUUCGGUGUGAUGGUCUGCAUUUAUAUACACAUAUUCUGCAUAGUAAAAAAACAUCAAGCCACAAGAUUACGCUUCCGCAGAGCAGGUUCUUUCGUUCAUGGAAGAACAUCAGAAGCAAUGCGUAAUAAUUCCAGACAAAUGGCACGGAACGUUAAAGCUAUCCAUACAACUUUAUACAUUCUUGGAAGCUUCGUAAUCGGCUGGAUGCCUGCAGUGAUAGUGUACAUGUUGUUUUGUAACGACUGUAUAUUCCAAUUAAAUGGAUCAAUGCAUACCACAUUCUUUAUUUACGCCGUAAUUAACGGUCUUAUUAUCCUGAAGACCUUGGUCAAUCCCAUUAUUUAUGCAGCCAGAAUGCAUGAGAUUAAGAUUGCUACGAGGCGGAUGCACAACGUUUUCUGCGAAUGGACGACACUUACCCGUUUUACAACCAACCGAGAAAUCAGCAGAGUUUACAGCAGCGACGAAAGCAGACAUUCGCAAUCAAGAACCGGCACUUGUCGAUUAUUUCAUAAAAUAAGCAUUCGAAAAGCGCGAAACGGAAGUACAUACACGUGCGCGCGUCACAAUACACGUGAAUAUGGCAACACACCUGUGUAAACAGCGCGAUAUGCGAGAAAAAGAGAGAGAUACAUAUAUUUUUUAAUGAAUCAUGUAAAUAUGAAGUAUCAGUUAACGAGCGAAAUGAUGGCUACAAAAAUCUUUUAAUAUAAUAUAUUAAAAAUCUUAUUAUUUUUUU